AUGCUUCCCUUCUUGACCCUGUUCUCCCUCGCUUUGGCUGUCAUCAAUGCCUUGGUGAUCCCCCAAAGUGACUCUGGCAUCGUCCACAAGAGAAACGGCUCUCCUCUCAAGAUGGACUUCACUAUCGAGAACUUCUUUGAUGAGACUGUUACUACAGCACAGAUCAGCUCUAGAGCUAAAGCUCUUGCUGCUCAUCUUUCUGGUCUUUCUUUGUCAAAGAGAGCUGAAAGUGCUACUCUUCUCAACGAUAGGGAUAUCAGCUACUUGAUCGACUUGAAGCUUGGUUCGAGCGAACAGAAAGUCACUGUGCUUUUGGAUACUGGCUCUUCUGACCUUUGGGUUAACGGCCCUACCAUCAAGGACCCCAAGGGUGGCAUUUUUGACCCUUCCAAGUCCUCCAACAUUAAACAUACUGGUGAAGAGUUUUUCAUUUCCUACUUGGACAAGUCUUACGCCAAGGGUGAGUAUGUCACAGAUGAGUUUGGCCUUGGUGACGGCAAGAAGCUCUUGGACAACUUCCAGUUUGCUAUUGUAAACCAGAGUCUGGAUAACGCCCAGGGAGUACUUGGAAUUGCAGACAGAAACCAGUUGGCCAGCAAGGAGCCAUACGACAACUUACCAUGGGCUUUACAGAAAGCUGGUCUCACCCCAAAGGCAUCCUACUCUUUAUACUUGGGUUCUCGUGAUAGCGGCAAGGGCUCCAUUAUCUUUGGUGGCAUUGAUACCGAAAAGUACGAAGGUGACUUGGCCAAGUACCCUGUUGCGGGCACCAGAGGUUUGGCUCUCAACGUCAAGAAUGCUGAAAUUGCAGGCAACACCAUCGAUAUGGACAUAGAGGUUCUUUUGGAUUCCGGUACUUCCUUGAACUUGUGGCCCCAGGAUGUCAUUGACGCUGUUGGCAAGGAGCUUCACGGUAACCUUACUCAGGGAUUCUACCUUGUGGAAUGUGAGCAGCCCAAAGACAAGUACUUGACGUUUGACUUUGGCGAGAACAAAAUCAAGUUAUCCUACCAGGACCUUGUUUGGAAGACCCAGGGACUUUGCCUUUUGGGAGUCAGACCUGGUAUUAACAACACCCAUAUCUUUGGUGAUGUGUUCUUGAGAUCUGCCUACGUGUACUAUGAUCUUUCUGAAAGAGAGAUUUCUAUUGCUCAGGCAAAAUACACUGAUGCUUCUAAUAUCAUCGAGGCAUAG